AUGAGCGGCAUCGGCAGGGCGCUCUACAAUGUGGGCUUCUGGGUGCGCGAGACGGGGCAAGCACUCGAUCGACUGGGGUGCCGUCUGCAGGGCAAAUAUGCCUUCACUGAAGAACUGUCGCGGCAUCGCACCAUCAUGAAUCUUUUCGACAAGCUGCCCGAGGUGCCCGCAAAUGCCUUCGUGGCGCCGAGCGCGGCUGUGAUUGGCGACGUGCAGAUCGGGCAGCGAUCAUCUGUGUGGUACAACGCCAUUCUUAGAGGCGACGUGAACAGCAUCCGCGUGGGCGCGGACACCAACAUCCAGGACGGCUGCAUCGUGCACGUGGCAAAGACCAACCUCGCCGGCAAGAUCCUCCCCACCAUCAUUGGCUCGCGCGUCACUGUUGGGCACAAUGCGGUGCUGCAUGCGUGCACGGUGGAGGACGAGGCAUUUGUGGGCAUCGGAGCAACGCUGCUGGACGGGGUGGUGGUGGAGUCAGGUGCUAUGGUGGCUGCUGGCGCUCUUGUCGUCCAGAACACGCGCAUUCCUGCAGGCCAGAUCUGGGCGGGGUCGCCAGCAAAGUUCUUCCGCACACUGACAGCAGCAGAGCGGGCGUUCAUUGCCAAGUCAGCAGAGAGCUAUGCCAGCCUGGCAGAGGUACAUGCCAAGGAAAACGCCAAGAGCUUUGAGGAGGUGGAGGCGGAUAAGAAGCAGAGGGAGGGGUGGGCCAACUACAGUGAAGACUUUGUUUCUAGUGUGGGCGCUGUUGUGGAUAAGCCGCCUGUUCCUAGUCCAGUCAAGCUGGCUUAG